AACAAAUAGCACCGGGAACCUUAACCAACGUAAGUCAUUUAUCGUAGUUGAUGAUUAUCGUUGCAAGCAAUAACAAUUUUUCUUUCAGCUUUAACUCUCGGUUUCCCUAAGUCAGAUCGUAUGUCCAUGACUGCCAAUAUUGAUUCCAAUGACAUUGCAUGGUAUUUUGGUGGCAGAACCGAAAAUGCCGAUUCAUCAAUGACAUAUUACAAUGAUGUAUACACCUAUGAUACAAAUCAUAGCUAUUGGGGAGAAGUUGUCGACACUGUACAACAAAACCUUCGACCUGGUUUUAAGGCGGGCCAUACUGCAAAUAUUGUAGACGGAAAGCUCUUCGUUCUUGGUGGGAUUGCCGCCACAAAAAAUACUACAACCAACACUUUCUCGGAAGCCAUUCAGGACUAUUCCACAGCCCUCGUCUUCAACCUCAGCACUACGGACUGCAGAAUUGCUAAUAUAUCUACCGGUAAAGAUAUCCCCCCAUCCAGAUUAGAGAAUUCAAUGUCUGAAGGUCCAGACGGCCACUCGCUGGUAUUGUUUGGUGGAUGGUAUCAAGCUGGUGUUGAACGUACAUUUUACAACGACGUGUGGGUUAUCGAUACAUGUACAAUGGACUGGACGCAACAGACAGUUAGUGGAACUGCUCCUAUCGGCCGAGGAGGUCACGAAGCAGUUCGAGUUGGAAACUAUACGAUCAUUAUGGGGGGUAUGUCAGAAGUCUCAAACACUGCUCAUGUAGCUCUCCUUGUAUGUCAAAGCAUGUCUAAUUGCAUUUUGCUCUGUAGGUUAUACGAACUUGACUGAGGAUAACCAUUUUGUUUACACGAACGAACUCGCUAUUCUUGAUAUGUCGACCUCACCUUGGAAAUGGGUAACUCAAUUUACCCCAACAGCAACACAAACCAUUGCACCUGUCCCAGCGUGUGCUCUCAGCUUCCCAUCUACCAACGUCGGCACAGGCGGAAACCCUGUUCCUGCACUCCCUCCCAUUAUUUAUAACGAAGGUAGCUCCUCAGAUGCC